UUUUUUUUUUUUUUUUUUUUUUGGUUUUUGAAUAAGAAUUUAAGAGUUUGGGAAUUGGGUUUUUUUCUUUCUUUUUUCUUUUUUAAUGUAAUUUUUCAGUUUCCAAAAGCCCAAUUCUCUAUAAUCUCCACCAAGUUUCUUCUCUCGCAAUUCAAAUGGCGGAUCACUCUGACGCUUCGCCACUCAUCCCUCCAUCGCCGAUCACCGACCCAAACGAGAUCGACCUCGAAGCUGGCCCUGGAGAACAAAUCCAGUGCCGAAUUUGUCUCGAAACUGACGGUAGGGAUUUCAUUGCACCUUGUAAGUGCAAAGGGACAUCAAAGUAUGUGCACCGGGAAUGUUUGGAUCAUUGGCGAGCUGUAAGGGAAGGGUUUGCAUUUGCUCACUGCACAACCUGCAAGGCCCCUUAUCAUUUGAGAGUUCAUGUUGCUGCUGAUAGAAAAUGGCGAACCCUGAAAUUCCGGUUCUUUGUGACAAGGGAUAUAAUAUUUAUAUUUGUGGCUGUUCAACUUGUGAUUGCUUCGCUGUCAUAUUUGGUGUAUUUAAUAGAUAGUUACCAGCAAUUCUGGAUUCGUCUUGCAUGGGGUUUUGAUAGUGAACUUAGUUUCUACUACAUUUGUGGAGCUCUAUUGUUCUUCGCUUUGCUUGGGUUAUCUGGAUGCUUCAUUACCUGUUAUGAUCGUAGAGUGCACAAUGAUUUGGCUCAGCCUUGCCGAGAAUUAUGUCUUUGUUGCUGUCAACCUGGUGUUUGUGCGGACUGUCAUUUACCUGGCACUCUCUGUAUGUGGACUGACUGUACCACAUGCUUUGAAAGUUGUGCUAGUAUGGCAGGUGAAUGUGGUUGCUUAGGAGGUGCUGGUGAAGCAGGGCUACCAUUACUUUUCAUAAUGGCUUUGAUUGUGCUGGGGCUUUUUACUUUGAUUGGGAUAUUCUACAGUGUAUUGGUGGCUACAAUGGUUGGACAACGGAUAUGGCAGCGGCACUAUCACAUACUAGCAAAAAGGAUGUUAACAAAGGAAUAUGUUGUUGAGGAUGUCGAUGGUGAAAUGAUGGGAACUGAUUGGUCUCCCCCACCUCUGCCAUCAGAGCAUGUUCAGCAGCUAAAAACACUUGGCCUCUUAUAAAUUAAAUUGGAAAGGGGCCAUUUCAAUAUUCACAAAAGUAACAUUAUGUAGAUAUGACUGCUCUCUCUAUUUGAUAGGUCAUCCUGACUUUUGGGUUACAGAGUUCUCGCUUUGCUCCGGAAGAGUCUUAUGCGCACUGAGAAAGAUCUCCAAUGCAUUUCUUGUGCAUUUAUAUUCAUAAAAUUGUGUAUGAUAUUUUAUGCAAGAUGUCUGCAAAUCUCUACCUUUAACUUUCAGUGCAAGAAAGAUGCGAAAAAAUAUUUUAAAUAACUUACUUGUAUACCAGUUCUGUUGUAACCAUGAAUUGAUAUUUUCUUUCUUUUUAUUUUGUUUCUUUUUUGGUCAAAUUUAUAGCGAAGUUGGCGGAUGUAAUAUACUUAAAGCUUUUUUCCUUAGCGAUUACCAGUUUCUGUA